UUCACUGCUGAAAUGUUUACAAAAUUACUUGUCAAAAUUAGUUCCUGAAAAACUGUGCAGUUAGCGCCACUAGUGACAAGAUCAAUGUUUUCGAAAAUAAACUCGGAAUUUUUCACGAACACUCAGCUACUACCAAGGAUUAUAAUUUCCAUUUGUCUUUAAAAAAAAUUGUCACAAAUUUAGAUUUUAAUGUCAACAAAAUAGGGGUACUUGGUAGGUAUUUGUAAAUAGAGACAAGGCUGGUUGCACAACCCAAUGGUAGAGGAGGAUAAGAGCCGACAAGGUGACGGAGACUGUGAUUACGGUGCCAUGAACAACGCUGAGAGCAAUGAGGCUAUGGAUAUGGCUGAUGAGGACGUGGUAACGGCGGAGGGUGAGGGGUGUGAGGGUUCUGGUUCGGGGUGCGCAGGCAGCGGGCCCUCGGAAGACGAGGAGGAGUGCGUGUCCUCGCCCGCCGGCAGCCACUACGACGACAGUGGUGAAAUGAAGAAUGCCAUGAGCGACGAGGUCACAAAGCAGCUCGCUGCAGCCGGACCUAUAGGCAUGGCCGCAGCGGCAGCCAUCGCCUCCUCCAAGAAGCGCAAGCGACCACACUCCUUCGAGACAAACCCAUCGGUCAGGAAGAGGCACCAGAACAGGCUGCUUAGGAAACUUAGACAAACUAUAGAGGAGUUCGCGACGCGCGUGGGUCAGCAGGCGGUGGUGCUGGUGGCGACGCCGGGCAAACCCAACACCUCGUAUCGCGUGUUCGGCGCCAAGCCGCUGGAGGACGUGGUGCGCAACCUGCGCUGUAUGAUCAUGGAGGAACUGGAGAAUGCGCUCGCGCAGCAGUUCGGACUGGGCGGGUGCCCGCAGGCGCCGCCGCCGCCGCUGGAGGACCCCUCGCUGUUCGAGCUGCCGCCGCUCAUCAUCGACGGCAUCCCCACGCCCGUCGAGAAGAUGACGCAGGCGCAGCUGCGCGCCUUCAUACCCCUCAUGCUCAAGUACUCCAUGGUGCGCGGCAAGCCGGGCUGGGGGCGCGAGUCGACGCGGCCGCCCUGGUGGCCCAAGGACCUGCCCUGGGCCAACGUGCGUAUGGACGCGCGCUCCGAGGACGAGAAGCAGAAGAUGUCGUGGACGCACGCGCUGCGUCAGAUCGUGAUCAACUGCUACAAGUACCACGGGCGCGAGGACCUCCUGCCCGCAUUCACAGAAGACGACGACAAGCCCCCCGCACAGUCCAUGUCACAGUACGCGCCGGCGAUGCUGCAGACGAUCACGAACCCGGACGGCACUGUGUCGCUCAUCCAAGUGGACCCCAACAGUCCUAUCAUCACGCUGCCAGACGGCACCACCGCGCAAGUGUGUGUGUUGCAGAUCAGCGCGGACGGCAGCGGCGUGGUGCAGGCGCUGGAGGGCGAGGGCGCGGUGGCGGUAGACCUGAACGCAGUCGCCGAGGCCACGCUCAACCACGAGGGCCAGCUCAUUCUCACCGGCGAGGACGGACACGGGUACCCGGUGUCUGUGUCGGGCGUGAUCACGGUGCCAGUAUCGGCCUCCGUGUACCAGUCUAUGGUGGCAUCCAUGCAGCAGCAGGACGGCGGCGUGUGCGUCGCGCCGCUCGUGCAGGUGGAGCCGGGCGGCGAAGGGCUGGAGGCGCUGUCGCUGGGCGGCGGCGUGGCGCAAGUGGUACUGCAGGGCGGUGGAGACGCACAGCUGCUGCAAGUGCUCAGCCUCAAGGAUGCCACCGUUCUCACCAAGGCCAUGCAACAAGUAAAGUCUGAGCGCGAGGCUGUGGCUGCGGACUCCUAGCUGCCGGAGUUGGCGUCGCCGGGCCUGCUGGAGGAGCGCGCCUAGCCCGCCGCAACCGCCGCCCGGCGGUCCCCCCUGCCACACCCCCCGCCGCGACACACACGCCUCAACUCAUCUAGAAUAUUCUAUGUUGAGUGAAUACAUCGAUACAAGAACGACUUAAUUCUAUUUGCAUUGAACGAUGUUACUUAAAAACUGUAGCAAUGUGUAUCAAGUUACCUUGUUUAGUGAAAUUUCUGAAUUGGUGUGCGAAAUGUUGGAACGCGGGUGUUCGUGUAAUGACUGUUGUGGUGUCAAACAGAUCUGUUAGAAAAGUCAUCUUAUUUUAGUUCAAACUUCGAUCUUAUUAUAAAAACGUGUUACUUAUUUUGCUCUCGUUAGUAAGGCAGUAACCGCCAUAUUAAAAUAAUAUUUAUUUGUAAUAUAGUAUUUAAAGAAUAAUUUAUUUUAUUAGCAAAUCAGGCCCUUUUAUUAUGUAGAAAUUUUGAUGUGUAGAGCUCGUAUAUAAGUUUGUCUAGUACCUGAACAUAUCAUAGGAAUUCUGUCAUAUGUUAGACAUCUUUGUUUAGAAAUUCAAAUUUAACUAAAUGUUAUAUUAUGAUAAUAUAACAUAUAUAGAACUCUACACAGCAAUAACCCGUAAACUAUUGCAAUAAGGCCCUACAUUUGUGCAAUAUUUUAAUUUAAAAUCCAUAUUUAUUUAAUUUAUACUACACUCGGCUUCCGUUUAUUUUGUAACGAGGCAAUUAUUUAUAAAAUUAAUUUAUUAUUUACAUUCCUUUAAAAUAUUUAGUAUAAGUGUGAUUGUUGAGACGGUUGUUGGCUUUUAAUUUAUUCACGAUUUGUUGUACAAUGUUCUAGUCCCAGUUCCAGUCAUAGUGAAUCUUUUCUAGUCUACAAAUUUGUAUAAAUAUUAUAAUAAAUAAUAUAGGUGAUGUAUGAUUUAUAGAAUUACUAAUACAUUUUUAAUGUAAUAAAACUUUUGUAUAAAUAUAAUUCACGGUUAGAUAAAUUAUUGUAUUUUAAAGUUUUACCCAGCUCACAUUACAGUCCAGCGAACAAAUUAAGCGCUUGUUUACAACUAGUGAAAUGUAUACCCGCACUGGAAUGCACUAUACGGUUUUAGUGUUUGUAUACAUGUAUCACUGGAUUUCAUUACUGGACUGAAAUUAAACUGGGCGUUAAUGUAAAUUAUUUGAUAGUAGGAAAUAUAUGCGCAGGGUUAUCGCUCACUAUGGUUAAUGGCGAAACGUUGAUAAAUAUAAACAAAAUGUAACCAAAUAAACAUACCAAAUAUGGUUCAAAUAAAAUUCAUAAGGUGUAAAAAGCAGUUUGUUAGAUAUUUUCUAGUUAUUUUAUGUAACAAGCACAGACAGUAACAUAUUGCCAUUAGUUCACUUCAUAAAAACAUGUUAACAUCCCGCUCACUUUCUAUAGAAGAGAUAUAUGUUUUUGUUAUUUCAUGUCUAUAAUAACAUUACAUUCAUUGUAUAAUUAAUCAUGUUAUAUAAAACUCAAUGCUAUAUUCACGUUGGUUUCUGAGACCAAAAUAUCUUCAUAACAUAUCCGUUAUUCCUCUUUUUUACAAAACAGAAAUAACAAUAUGUUUUAAAGGGGGUUCUGGUUUCAAAAACCCAAGAUCAGUUGUUUUGCACUAAGGGAAUCUCUUUGUGUCCAAUAAGAAAUAUCUAUACUAAGGACUACUUAUCCAUUAAAUAAAUGUGGCAGUCAUAUUAGUGCUAUUUAAAAUUGUAAGGACUUAUGCAAAUUAACGGAGAAAAUAUUUUUAAAUAUAUAGACAAUUAACAUUUACCAUUUAAAAACAUUGAAAUUAUAGAACGUAUUAUAUGACUACCUAAUUAAACUGUCUGUUGAUUGUAUAAAAUUUUUGAAAUAACAUUUUAAAUAUAUGGCUGUAUAAACGCUUGUAGCUAUUUGAAACUUCACCAAAUAUUGGUAAAAUCUAGUAGUUUACAAAGAUUCGCGCUAAGUAAAUUAUUGAAAUAUAUUCGUGGCUAAUAAAAUUAAGGUCGUAGUCAUAGAAGAGUACAAACUUGUGAUGCGUGCUUUGGAAGUAUUCGAUGCUGUUUGCAAAAGUCUCGUGUAUUUAUUGUUUUAUUAUUUAAUGUUGUUUUCAGUUCAUAUUUUAUGUUCGAUUAAUUUAUUAUUACCACCAAAGAGUUCAUUGUGUUCUUUACCUUAAGAAUAGAUGGAAUAAAGCACAAUUUUGUUAUUAAGUACAAUGAUUUGUGAUUUGUAUAUAGAUGGUAUGAAUGUGUGAAUAUUGCAAUCAUUAAAGUAUUUACAUACACGGUUUAUUUAUUCAAAGCACUCUUUUAAAUCCAAUUGUUUUAUUAUCUCAUUUUUAUGCAAUAAUCCCAAUGAUAUAUACAUAAAAAAAUAUUUUCAUACUUGUAACGAUGGAGGCUGUGUUAUCUAAACAAAAUACAAGACAUCACCAAUACGCUAUUAUUACAGACAAUGUAAAGAAUCUUAAUCAUCAAAAGAAUUGCAAAUUAUAAGUCGUCGUCUUUGUCCGUUACACUAUUGUUACUGAAUAGCAUAAAGCUAUGUUAGAGGUGUGUAGGCUUCUAUCACCUAAGCCCCAUGCAGGUUGGUUGACUCCAUACACUUUCGAAUUUAUUCCCAAAUAUGCGGACGUUGCUUUAGAAAGUUCUACACUGUGAGAAUGUUAAAAAUAUACAUAUGAAAGUCCAGAAACAAAUCAGUUGAUGUUUGGGAUCAGUCUGGGAUUUGCAGAUUACAGACCUGUGUUUAACAACUGUGCUACAAAUACUCAUAAAUGUAUUUAACUCAUAACAUGUAUCAGUGUUUUUUUUAAAUAUCUAGCUAGUGUUUUAUCUAAACAAUAUUG